AUGGACCUUUGUAUAUCGAUUCUACUUUUCACGAUAUUGUCAAUACAAAAUGAAAUUAAUUUUGUAAAUUGUAGAGAAUUCACAAUUCUAGAUCAGAGAAACACUCAUAUAGAUAUCACACACCAUGGAUUAGUCACGGUAGAUAUAAAAAAACUUUAUAGUACACACGAAUUAGCCUAUAAAUACAAUCCAUCGGACGACAGCAAGACCUUCACACCCAACCAAGGAUACCUCAUAAACAAGGUUACCAAGCGUGACGCUGUUCUUUGGGAUGCUCGGGAUUACGGCAAUGUAUAUAGCGAUAAAGUAUUUGUCGGAUUUAACCAAAACCACGAGAGAGUAUUUAGAGUAUAUUUCCCAGGUGAGCCACCCAGAUUAUCAGUUUUCGAGCCACCAAAACCUCUAGAACCUUUAUUAAUUACACUUGAUGUCAAGACACAGAGAAACACAGACCAAGUUCUCUAUGAAUAUAAUGUUAGAGACCAAGUUCACACAUUUACUCCCCUGCCGAGGUUCCUUGUCGACCGCGUAGUUAAGGGGAGGCGCCAACUGUGGGAGUGCGAAGAUGGUGUUUAUCCAGAGAAGAUAAUGAUAAUACCUGACCAGUAUGGUGAACCAACGUUAAGAUUCAAAUUUCCUAAAUCAGGGUCAAAAGGUGUACGUAAUGAAAGUCUGCUAGAGAAGUCAUCCAACAACGAUUACGAGUCAGAAUCCAACAACGAUUACGAGUUAGUGAAUCUUAAUAUAGCUGUUAAUAAGUCAACUGACAAGUUUGAAUAUGCAAAGAAACGUGAAUAUGUCAUAUAUACUGCCAAUGACAACUACGCAUUCAAACUUGUCAACGAUAACAAAAUAGAAAUAUGGAAAGCGGAUGAAGAGAAAGAAUAUGCUACGAAAGUGAUGGCGGCGGACAACAAGGUGUUAAUCUACAUAGGAGAGGGCACUAGUGCUUGUACCAAGGUCUUUAACAAGGGGUCUGACGGUAAUUGGAAAGAAGAUACUUCUGGAAUGGGCACUGGUUCUGAUGGAACUGGAGCUGGAACCACUGGGUAUUAUAUACAAACACACUGUCACCGUAAUCUAACAGGAAGGCUUUACGGCAUUGAUCUCAGUGGUCGUGGUAUGACAGCAGGUUUACAAUACGAUCCAGGUAUGAUAUCAGCUGGAGACGAUUGA